ACUGCGACGCUGUAUGAUUGGCAUUGCUUACAGAUUGAUUAACAGUGUCAUAACACUAGUAGAGCAGAGUGAGAUCGCUUUGUGCAGAAUGUCUGCUCCUUUGAGGUUCGACGGGAGAGUGGUCCUGGUGACAGGGGCUGGAGGAGGACUGGGAAGAGAAUAUGCCCUGGCUUUUGCAGAGAGAGGAGCUUCUGUUGUUGUGAAUGACCUUGGAGGUAGCACGAAAGGAGAAGGCAGAAGUACUUCAGCUGCUGACAAAGUUGUUGAUGAAAUCAGAGCUAAAGGAGGAAAAGCUGUAGCUAACUAUGACUCAGUGGAAGAUGGUGAACGAUUGAUUCAGACAGCUUUGGAUGCAUUUGGAAGAAUAGAUAUUCUUGUUAACAAUGCUGGGAUUCUGCGAGACCGCUCUUUUCCAAGAACUAGCGACUUAGAUUGGGAUUUAAUUCACAGAAUUCAUCUGAGGGCCUCCUUCAUGGUUACACGAGCUGCAUGGAAUCAUAUGAAAAAUCAGAAAUUUGGAAGAAUAAUCAUGACAUCAUCAGCUGCUGGAAUAUAUGGAAACUUUGGUCAAGCUAACUACAGUGCAGCAAAGCUUGGCGUUUUGGGCCUAGCUAACGUAUUAGCGAUUGAAGGAAGAAAGUACAACAUACACUGCAAUACUAUUGCACCAACUGCUGGAUCAAGAUUGACUAAAGAAGUCUUGCCUCCAGAUCUUGUAGAGUCCUUUAAAGCUGAAUAUGUGGCUCCAGUUGUCCUUUGGUUAUGCCAUGAAAGCUGCAAGGAAAAUGGAAGUGUGUUUGAGGUGGGAGCUGGAUGGAUUGGUAAAUUACGUUGGGAGCGAACACAGGGACGUAUUGUAAGGAAGAAAAAUGAACCAAUGACUCCAGAGGCUGUUCAAGAAAAAUGGGAAGAAAUUUGUGACUUUGAAAAUGCAGUUAAACCCCAAAAUAUACAAGACUCAGUUGGUAUUCUGGUAGAUGUUCUGGCAAAAAUAGAUAAGGAGCAAGAUGUUUCUGCUAAUAAAACAAGUGCCUUCGCAUAUAAGCAUUCAGACAUCAAUCCAGACCAAGCAAUUGGUAAGGUUUUGCCAAAGAUGAAUUUCACAUAUUCCUCAAUUCAGAGUAUUUUAUAUGCCCUUGGAGUAGGUAUGUCAACUAAGGAACCAGAUCAUCUGAAAUUUCUUUAUGAAAGGCAUGAGGAGUUCAGUUGUUUUCCCACUUUUGGAGUUAUACCCUCCCAGGCUUCUAUGAUGAAUGGAGGGCUUUCUGAUAUUCCUGGGUUGCAGAUUGAUAUGUCGAGGUUACUUCAUGGUGAGCAAUAUCUGGAACUCUAUAGACCUUUGCCAACAUCAGGCACACUAACCUCUCAAACUACAGUUGUAGAUAUUCUUGACAAAGGUUCUGGUGCUGUUAUCCUCUUAGAUGUUCAUACAUAUGAUGGGGAAAAUUUGCUUUGCUACAACCAGUAUUCUUUGUUUAUAGUGGGUGCUGGUGGAUUUGGAGGGAAAAGAACAUCAGAAAAAGCAAAGGGUACAGUAAAGCCACCUAACAGAGCCCCAGAUGCUGUUGUGACUGAUGUAACAAGCCAGGAUCAGGCUGCCUUAUACCGGCUCAGUGGGGAUUGGAAUCCGUUACACAUUGAUCCCAAUUUUGCAGCUAUGGCAGGUUUUGACAAGCCUAUUCUACAUGGAUUAUGUUCCUUCGGCUAUGCUGCCAGACAUGUUCUAAAGCAAUAUGCAGACAAUGACAUCUUAAAAUUUAAAGCAAUUAAGGUUCGCUUUAUGAAGCCAGUCAUUCCAGGUCAGUCACUUCAGACUGAGAUGUGGCAAGAAGGAAGCAGAAUACAUUUUCAGAUGAAGGUAAAAGAGACUAACCAAAUUGUUCUUGGUGAUUCAUAUGUGGACCUUUGCGAUGUACCAGUAACUUCACCUUCUAAGAAGCAACAGAAGGCUCUUCAAAGUGACCUAAUUUUUGCAGAAAUUGGCCGUCGCAUUAAAGAUGUUGGUAAAGAACUUGUAAAGAAGGUCAAUGCUGUAUUUCAGUGGGAGAUAACUAAAGAUGGCAUAACAGCAUCACAGUGGACUAUUGACCUGAAGAAUGGCUCAGGGUCAUUAUAUAAAGGACUUGCACAAAAUAAAGCGGAUGUGACAUUUAGCCUAUCAGAUGAAGACUUCAUGGAAGUAGUUCAUGGAAAGCUUAAUCCUCAGAAGGCUUUCUUUGCUGGGAAACUUAAAGUAAAGGGGAAUAUUAUGCUCAGUCAAAAACUGGAAACUAUCCUGAAAGACUAUGCAAAGCUGUAAGAAUAAAUUUGGAUUUUCAAUUAGAUGACAUCGGACAACAACUUCAACUGCGACCAAUUUCUUUGUUUAAAAUAGUUCCAGUAUAAGGAAUUCUGACAGCAUUUUUGAUUAAUAAUCUAAUUUGUAAAAUUAAUUCUGAACAUGGAUUCCUGUUUCUCAUAGUGUAAAGCUUGUUGACAUGAUCUGAAUCUUAACAGACAGUACUCUUUGAGAUGCAUGAAUUGCUCAGUAUACUGUAAGUUAGGAGUAGAUAUCCUCUCAUUAAACAAUAAAGGAUAUUGUUAUCGGAAUUGUCAUGACAAUGCAUUUAAUUCAUACAAUGCAAUGUCAUCUCCAGUUAAUUUAAUGCUGUAAUAUCUAACUGUAUUUUAAGUAAUUCAUAAUAAUUUUCUCACAUAACUAUAAUACAGUAAUAAUAGCUUAUUUGGGUAGGUGCUAAAUGAUUCACUUACAUUAAAACUAUAUUUAAAUUUUAAAGUUAAAACUGUACUAACUUACAAAUGACUAUUAAUUUUACCUUUUCUCCAAAAGCUUACUCAAAAGAAGUUGUUAUAUUAUUAUGUGUAUAGGUUCUACUUACAAAACUGUGAUUUAAUACCGGUUAAACAAAUUAUUAUUGUAACUAAAUUACUGUACCUUGAAUGAAAAGCUGUGUGCAAUUUUUUAUUAGGAAUAAACAAUCUCUUCAAAUUUUGGUUAUUCUUGAA